GAAAAAAAGAAAAAAAAAAGAAAGGAGGUGGACUGAACGCUCGCUCUGAUAACUGGUGCGGAGUUAGGAGUGAGGUUUGGUGUGUGCUUUGAGAAGCAGAAACCUCAGGUACGGACUCAACCUCAGGUUUGGACUCUUACCUCUCUCUCUAUUCUGGAUAGCCGUUAAUCUCCGUCAACCUCUUCAACUCCGUUUCCCGAAUCACCGGAAAAAAUGGGUGCUAGGGUUCCGGUGCAGCACUACAAUCUCAACUCUCCCACUUCCUUCAUCGAGAGCCCUCUCCACGUCCUCAACGCCGUCGACGCCAGGACCGCCGGCCCCGCCAUCGACGACAUCGCCGCCGUCGACACUGGAGAUACCCUCGAUAACGAAGACCACGAUACCGCCGCCGCCGUCUCCGUCGAUUGCAUGAAUGAAUCCCAUACGAGUUGUUUGCCACUUCACAGUGUGGAGGUUGACGAGGAUCGCUCCAGUCUCGAGACUAACGAGUCUUCUAGAGCUCCUCUAGUUUUGACCAUUGAGGAUGUUUCGCCUAUCGAAUCGGCGAGGGCGAAGUUUCUGCAAAUUGUUGUGGAACAUUUUAUUGAUCACCAUGAGAUCGAAGUGCCUGAUCCCGAGGGUGAUUACGCUGGCCAAGAUAAAAUGAGUAAGAGGAGGACAAGAGAGAUUCAUUAUGAAGGAGACCCAAAUUAUGCUCUCCCUUUGAUGCAUGUUGCAAAUAUGUAUGAAACUUUAGUUCGUGAUGUUAAUAGUAGGCUUGAUUCCUUGAAUGGUAUUCGCGAGAAGACAAUUGGGGUGGCCCUUGAAGCUGCUGGUGGUUUGUAUAGAAGAUUGGCUAAGAAAUUCCCUAAAAAAGGACCACGUACAUAUAAGAGAAGAGAAUUGGCGACUUCUAUGGAUACAAGGACAAGGUUCCCAGAGCUAGUUAUACAAGAAGAGAAGCGUGUGCGCUUUGUGGUAGUUAAUGGAUUAAAAAUUGUUGAAAAACCAAACAGCAUGUCAAUUGACGACGCAGAGUGGUUUAAAAGACUAACAGGUCGGAAUGAAGUAGCUAUCUCAGCUAUUGAUUACAAAUUUUACUCUCCAAGACACAAGUAUAGGCGUGGUGCAUCAAUGUCACUUUCAAAUAUCUCAGAUAUGCCUUGUUAUACUGGAGCAGACAAUUCUACCACGUUGGUUACUACUCAAGAAUUUCGCUCACCACAAAAUCAGCAGCAAACCCCGUCCAAACAUCCCUUGCAACCUUUGCCACAUCAACCUCAGUUUCACCCAGUUCUCCAGAACAGUCAAACUAUGCACCAAAGUCAGCACGCAGGGCCCUAUUCUCAUAACCAUCAAAGUGGUCCCCCUUCACAUCUAUCAGAAAUUUCUCAUACUCACCAGACGACAUCAAUAUCUCAACAGAUGACUUGCUUACAACCACUCACAGGCAGCCAUGUUGGGGGACGCUUGCACAUGCUGGCACCAACUCCGGCAAAGUUUUGUGAUGAAUGUGGGGCUCCAUAUUUGAGGGAAACAUCUAAGUUCUGCUCCGAGUGUGGAUCAAAGAGGUUAGGAACAUGACAGGUUUAGACAAGUUUUUCAUAGUAUUUUUACCUUUUGAGAAAUAUAUGUAGCCUAAUAAAUAGAAAAGAGUGCAGUCUUCACUUGAAAGGUGUGGCCUGGGUAAAUAUUUGUAGAUAUAUCUAUUGGGUUUGCACUGCCAGCUUUGUGAACCGAAAUGCAGAAAGACUGGAAUUGACAAGCUGGUUUAUAUUGUUGGCUUUUUGCUGUUUUAGUACUAGUAUGUUCGAACUGACUGUAUUUUUACUAACCACAUGGAUAAUAGUGGGGUGUUGUAAAAUCGUGAGCUAUAUAUUUCUGAUGAGAUUGUAGAGUGAAU